AUGGCGUCGAACAAGAUCUCGGAAGAGGACAUCAUAUCGUUCAUGAGGAACAUGUUCGGCGUGAGCAUAGCCAGGGAUCAGCUCCAGGCGCCCACGAAGGACUUCGUGGUGGGAGUGUACGCGCGCUUCUUAAGCGAGUUUGGCGUCGAGAAUGUCUCCCAACCGGACAUAAUGGCCACGAGUGGUAUGGAUAACAUCGAGCGCUACGAGACCAACAUAAUAGUGGCCAAUAUCUACAAAUCCGUGGCCAACAUAGUGGUGAACGCCGGGGUGCCCGACAUGUCGUUCGCCGAUGUGGUGCAGCCCAAGAGGUUGCGCACGCAGCGGAUCCUAUCGGCGCUCUGUUGCCUACUCUUGAAGCUCACGGAAAUCGAGGAGCGCUUCAACCAAAUGCAGGCCAAGUGUAUCGAUCUCCCGGUCCGCCGACAGGCCGUCGAGCAACGGAUCCGCGAGUUGAGGCGUGCCGUCGAGGAGAAGUCGAUGUACUUGUCCUCCAAUAAGGCCAAGACUGAGGCCACCGCUCACGAGCUCAAGGCGUUGGCCGAGACCUAUGAGAGGAAGCGCUCGGAGGCCGACGCUCUUCAGGACGAGUCGCGCGCUCUCAAGACCACGAUUCUUAGCCAAAGGGAAGCGUUGAGCGAAAUCGACGUCGAGUUGAGUAAAUUGCGUGAAGAGAUCCAGGAGUUGGACCACAAACUCGUGAAAAGUCCCGAACGAAUCCAAGCGGACACUCAGGACAAGGAGACGGAACUGGAGUCGAAGCGCAACGAGAAGAAGAAGCUGGAGAAGCAGUACAUGGAACUGAUCCGAUCGCUCGAUCACCUCAAGGAGGGCUGCAAGUCGUUGACGCCAUCGCUCGAGACGUUCACCGAAGCCUUCAAAGACAUCGAAUCGAUUCGCAGUGAAUGCGAAAAGUUGUCCGAAAAUAAGGUUUUGCUGAACAGUCGCGAAGAGAAGAUGAAGUCAUUGAAGGUUCAGAUGAAAGAGCAGGAGAAGAGUUGCCACACAUUGCGGCAACAGAUCGCCGGCAAUGAGAAGACAUUCCAGCAACAGAUCCAGACGUUGAAGCAAUUGAAUAGUGGUAUGAAAAACGAUUUGGACUCCAAAACGAAGAACCAAUCGGAGGCCCAGAAGUUCUGUUUGGAGGAACGGCUGCGUCUGGAGUCC